UGUGCGGUGUAGAGGAGCAGCUCUGGGGCAGUGUGGCUCCUGCUCCUCUGAGGAUCACUGUGAAUAUAUCAUAUCCCACCAUGAAAACGACACAUCUGGACCUAUGAUCCGGCGGUCACACCCACAGCCUGGACUUCUGUGGACUCUGCGCGCGAGCCGCAUCCUCUCUGCCCCCACGCGCGGCUCCACGAGCGGCUCCACGAGCGCCAAAGGUAAAAGAAAAGAGGCGUGCUCGUGCUCCUGCUCUGCCUGGGCUCAGCUAUGAGGCGAAUAACGGGAAAGAGCAAAGAUGAAACUCUGAUCGAGCUGCAGGGGACCACGGACUCACAGGCCACAGAUGAAAACAACGGGAACGGCCUCAGCUCCAUGUCUGACCGGACGCUGCCCGGAGAGACUGAAAAGCUACACCCAAACAAAGACACGGUGUUCUUCAGGGACGGGCUGAGGAGAAUCGACUUUGUUUUGUCUUACGUGGACGAUAAAGACGGAGAGAAGAAACAGGAAAGGAGGCGAGAGUUUGAAGCCAACCUGGAAAAAAUUGGCCUUGAGUUGGAGACUGAAGACAAAUCUGAGUCAAAAGACCAAAAAACCUACUUCUUAAAGGUCCACGCUCCUUGGGAAGUGCUGGCGAAGUACGCAGACAUUUUAAAAGUCAAAGUUCCCUUCAAAGACAGCGACAUCCCGCACGGACGUGAUGCUGCGUUCGACUGGCUGUCCUUCCCGUUCCGACUCCCGGACAACAUCAUGCACCCGGUCCCUGAUUAUUUCACCUACCCCUUUAACAAAGAUAAGGCGGAUUUCUUCCUCAUCCAGGACAAAGACACUUUCUUUUCACCGUCAACGAGAAACAGAAUUGUCUACUACAUCUUGUCUCGAUGUCCAUAUUAUAAAGAGAUAAAAGACAAAGACAAAACCGGGAUCAAACGUCUGUUAAGUAACGGCACCUACACCGCCGCGUUUCCACUUCACGAUUGCCGUUACUGGAAAAGAGGCCGAAAUCCCGAUUGUGAGAGUGAACGAUACAACUUAUACCGAAACUGGGCGAGGUUUCUGAGUUUUUACAAAGAGCAGCCCCUCAACCUCAUCAGGAAGUACUACGGAGAGAAGACUGGGAUCUACUUCGCGUGGCUGGGGUUUUACACAGAAAUGCUGUUUUUUGCGGCCGUUAUGGGAGUUAUCUGUUUUGUCUAUGGACUCCUCAGUUACGACGACAACAUAACGAGUAAAGAAAUAUGUGAUCCAAAUAUCGGGGGCAGCAUCCUCAUGUGUCCACUGUGCGAUAAAAAGUGUCCUUUCUGGAAACUCAACUCCACGUGUCUUUCUUCUUGGCAAUCGCAUCUUUUUGACAACGAGGGGACGGUUUUCUUUGCCAUAUUUAUGGGGAUCUGGGUGACGCUGUUCCUCGAGUUCUGGAAGCGGCGCCAGGCCCGGCUCGAGUACGAGUGGGACCUGGUCGACUUCGAGGAGGAGCAGCAGCAACUUCAGACCAGGCCCGAGUUUGAGAUCCAGUGCACAGGACGCAGACUCAACAAAAUCACUCAGGAAAUGGAGCCAUAUCUUCCUCUCACCACAAAGUGCGCUCGUUUCUGCCUCUCCGGUGCCACUGUUCUCUUCUGGAUGUCGUUGAUCGUGGCGUGCAUCAUCGGAGUCAUCGCCUAUCGUCUGGCCGUGUACGCCGCCUUCGCCAGUAUCAUCAAAGACCCCAUGAGGAAGAUCCAGUUCGUGGGCAGAUUCAUCACUCCGCAGCUCGCCACGUCUGUCACCGCCUCCUGCAUCAACUUCGUCAUCAUCAUGAUCCUCAACUUCCUGUACGAGCGGGUGGCGGUGUGGAUCACUGAUAUGGAAAUCCCAAAGACUCACCUGGAGUACGAGAACCGCCUGACCACCAAGAUGUUCCUGUUUCAGUUCGUAAACUACUACUCGUCCUGCUUCUACGUGGCGUUCUUCAAGGGAAAGUUCGUGGGAUAUCCUGGACACUACACUUACAUGUUUGGCCGAAGCAGCAAACUGAGAAAUGAAGAGUGCGACCCCGGGGGCUGCCUGAUCGAGCUCACGACUCAGCUGGUCAUCGUCAUGGCAGGAAAACAAAUGUGUGGGAACAUUCAGGAAGCUCUUCUGCCGGUGAUGAGAAACUGGUGGAACAGUCGUAAAACACGGCGCCACCCGGAGACGCACUACAGUCGGUGGGAACAGGACCACGUGCUCCUGAACUUCAGUCAACUCGGACUUUUCUACGAGUAUCUGGAGAUGGUCAUACAGUUCGGUUUCAUCACUCUUUUCGUGGCGUCGUUCCCUUUGGCUCCGCUUCUCGCUCUUUUCAACAACAUCCUGGAAAUCCGAGUGGACGCGUGGAAGUUUACGACUCAGUUCAAACGCCCGGUGGCCACGAAAGCCCGAAACAUCGGAUCGUGGCAAGAGAUUCUCAACGCGGUGGCCAUUUUGUCCGUUGUCACAAAUGCUUUCAUCAUGGCGUUCACCUCGGACAUGAUUCCUCGGAUGGUUUACCUUUACGCCUACAGCGGAGAGGCGUCGAUGAGGGGCUACAUUAACAACAGUCUGUCCGUGUAUCAAGUCUCUGAGAUCCCAGAUUCAAACAUGCCAGACGAGCACAGCGGCUGGUUCGACAACUCCACCAACUGCAGAUACCGAGAUUACCGUUAUCCCCCAGGACACGAGAAAGAGUACACUCACACGAUGCAGUUCUGGCAUAUUUUAGCAGCUAAAAUGGCGUUUAUCAUCAUCAUGGAGCAUGUCGUGUUUGUCGUAAAGUUCUUUGUGGCCUGGAUGAUCCCGGACGUCCCAUCAGAUGUGAAAGCCCGUAUCAAAAGAGAGCGCUACCUGGUCCAAGAGUACCUCCAUAACUACGAAGUCGAGCGGCUCAAACUGCAGCUCAGCGCCAGUUUCAUCACGGAACCUCCCUCGGAAAUGUCAUCGUCUAUGGACAAACACGAGAUCCUGUCUGAGGGCCUGUAGAAAAAUAACAAACUAAACUUAAAUAACGGCAUUCUCCAAAACUAACCGCCGUGAUCAUAAUCCUACAUUAGGACGUGAGGAUCAUUCGUGUUUAGUUUUACAUUUCAUAUCUGUGAAUGUCUCGUAUCGGUGCGUCUCAAAAUCGUAGAAUAUCAUGGAAAAAGUCAAUAAUUUUGAGUUGAACGACUGAAAUUAUUUACCUUUUCCCACAAUAUCAAUACUGUCUUUGCAGAAGUUGCUCGUUUUAGUUGCUGUAGUUAUGAUAAAUAUAGGAUUUUACAUCAUUUAAAUCCUUUUUCUGCAAAUAAAUGAUCAUAUUUCAGUACUGUAUCCUGCAUAAUUUUUACAGAAACUACAUAAUCUACAUAUUUUUCAUUUUGAGAUGCACUUUUACAUGUAAGAAACGGAACGGUAAGACGUAUCUAAACUGAAAAAGGUGAGCCACAGUGAGUUUUCAUAUCCCUUUACCCACUUUUCAUUUUAAGAUCGUCGUUGUACUUUGUUCCUUGCAUGCAGUUGCUUUAAACGCUUGCAAAAUGAAGGACUAAACUGCUGAAAAUGAAGCUAAAUGUACAUGUACGUGUGAACUGGUCCGAAUAUGCUGGAUCCUUGUGGUGAAAAAAGGUCAUAUCAUUGUAAAAAAGUUGAUGUUUAACAUGUUAAAACAAAUACUAUGGUUAUGUUUAAAGUCUGCAAAGUUUUAAACACUUACUUAAACUUUAGAUUUCAAAGACUCUACUGCUUUUUUAUGUCAUACAAACAGCAAAUUUGCCCAUUUCACUCACCGGAAUAUACCUCAAAAUGAGUAAUUACUAAAAAUAUAAGUGUGUUCUGCCGCAGAGAUGUCAAAAUAAACAACAUAUUUAUAAUUACGAUGAAACACAGUCAAAGGUUUUAUCAUGUGCAACUGAAUUUUCUUAUUUAUUUCAGUUGAUGUGGCGCUUUUGGCUUAAAACAGCUUAUUGUUUGGUUGUUUGUCAAUGUUAUAAUUCAUUUAUGGACUGUUUCUAGACUUAUUUAAACUAAAUUUGUGUCAGUACAUUAAAGAUUACUGCGCAAACUAAUGAUGUGAGGUGAGAAGGACUGUGAGGACGACCGUGUUUUGUUCAUUCAGACUCUCAGAUCUGACAGCUCUGUGUGUUUGUUGUGUGUUUGUUGUGCGUUUUGUUGUGUUUGUUGUGCGUGUUGGAGCGUGACAUUAUAGUUGCUGUGGGUUUGACAUGAGCCGGUCUGUCAGUGUGAAGGCUCCUGCUCGUUAUAAAAGCUUCACUGUACACGGGCUACAGUUCUUUUUUUUAUUUUUUGUUAUUUUUUAUCAGAGUUUGGGACUAAUUUGAACAGUUUAAUGCUGAAAAUAAACCAUAUUUUUUAGGAUAUUCCCAGAUCCAGAAUCAAAAGUGUGAUCCGCUCAUACCUCAGGUCACGGAUGUGGCAUGAAAUCUUUAAACCGAUGCCUUAAACGUCCUUGUUUACUUGUAUUUAUAUCAUUUUGUAUUGAGUCUUUAUUAAAAACUGUUGCAGCUGUUUGUGUCGAGCAUGAAAAAAAUCUGUCAGAAGUAAAUCUCCCUGCUGCCAAGUGUAAUGUACAUGUGGAAUAUUUGAAUUAAAUUUAUGCC